GGCGCAAGGCUUCGUUUGCUUGCAGAUUCUUUGCUCACGUCUUGAAGCAAUUCAACCCAGCAAUGAAUGAGCAGUUCUUGAAUUCGACCAGUCGGCCGAUCACUCUGUCGACGGCCUGCAGCGGCAGCGGCAUGUCAGAGAUCGCGCACCAUGUCAUCAUGGGUUAUCGGAAGCACGCCACGGUCGUGGAUUUCUCGUGCGAGUCCGAUGCAGCAAAGCAGCAGCACUUGUCCAAGAUCGCCCAUCCCAUGUUGACCAAGAGCAAAGGGCCCAGCGCCACCUCGCCAUGCUUGUUUGCAGACGUCCAAUGUCUUGGUCGCGGGCUCGCAAAGUGCUGCAUCCACCAGGGCCAGUGCGAGGUGCCAUCCGGCGGAGAUAUUUUCAUCGCAGGGUUCAGCGGCAAAGAUUUUUCGCAGCUGUCUCGCAAGGUGGCGCCCGCUGAUAAAAAGAACAUCCUCACGUCGAGCACAGGGACCUCGGGCCCCACGUUCAAAGGGGUCGUCGACCACUGCAGGCUCAAUCGGCCCAAAGUGGUCAUCCUCGAGAACGUGCCCAACGUAGCAAAGCCCGAGAUUGCAGAGCAGCUCUGGAACACAUUCGCAGACCUCGACUACUACGGGAACCACAUCCUCAUUGAGAGCACCGACUACGGACUACCGCAGCGGCGUACUCGAGUCUUUUUCCUGUUGGUGCACGCUCCGGCUUUCGGCCUCUCGCAGGAUUCGAGCGCCAAUUUGCGCAGCAAGAUCUUGGCUUUCGUUGAGAAGCUGAAGAUGCCGACCCUGCCGUUGCAACAGUUCUUUUUCCGUCGCGACGACGAUCGCAUCGCGCAGGAACGCCAAGCUCGCCAAGCGGUAGACAGAACACAAACAAUUGGUGAAGGAGUCGAUUGGCCAAAGCUUCACCGCGAUCAUUUGUCAAAGAAGGGCCUGAACAGGUCUUUUGUGGAAACGCCCGCCCACAUUCGCAGUUUUUUGUGGUGCACCACGCUGCCGAGGCGCGAGCAAGAAUGCGUAGGAUUCGCUGUUCGUUGCGGCGUGGAGAAGGGGUGGGCUCUCAAGUCUGUGGACCUGCGCCCUUCCAUCGAUCGCUUAGCAUUCGGCCGUGACAACGAGGUGCAUACGUUGGUGCCCAAGAACACGACGUGGCUCUUUAACCCUUACUUAGUUCACGGCGACGAGAUAGAGCAACAACAGGAUGAUCGUUUGCUCCUCGGGUGGGAGACUCUGAACUUGCAGGGCUACGACAUGAGGAUCCUGGAUAACUGCCCAGGUUACAAGCCGAACGAUUCCUUGCUGAUGGAUUUGGGCGGCAACGCUUUCGCAAUGAGCGCGAUCCUGGGUAUCAUGAUGUCUCUAUACGCCCAUGUGGACAUCGCUUCGGCUGCGAGGCCCAGCGCUUCGGCUUCUGAGGGCAAGGGGUCGGGCACCAUUUGUGAUUUGAUGAAGGAUUGA